CUUCUUUGUUCCUCUCUGCCGUCCGCCUCAGCCAGGGCACCGCCCCUCCCAGAAAUGCCGUGUUACCCGAACAUUUCCCUUAUAUGGUAUGGCGCCGUGCGCUUCCCCUCUUUCUCGCCCCCCUUUCGGCUACGCCGCAUCGCCCACGAAUGCCUGGAAAGGAAUGUCCAGCCGUCACUUCGUCUAUGUCUGAGUUUCUGAGCUAUCUCCGUUUUUCCCGGUCAGGCAUCUUCUCACAUGUGGGUGCCUUUUCCAUGCUGAAUCCGCAAAAUCAUGGCCAUUUGCGGCGCGCUCGUGCAUGCAUUUCAUUGGCAAUUGUCGCAUGGCCCCUUCGUCUAUAUUGCUUUGGGACUCCGGCCAGGGAGGGAAUUCUGUGGUCUAGCGGACUAGUUCCCUCUCUUUGAGUCUACAAGCCAGGAGGCCAGCUAGUUCAUCUGGCCUGGGUUGCAUGUCAUCCCAUCCAUCAACGCGUGCUUUC